CCGUUAUCUGAGGACAUCGUCCCCAUCACCGCGUGGCGGUUAUGGUCUCGUUAACGGGGAAACGUCAAAAUGCAUGGCUGGCAUUAUUUUGUUUCGCUCUGUUAAGCUUCUGCUCAUGUCAACAGCCAAUUGUGUUUUCUUCUGGUCAAACCAAUGCUUAUUCUCCAUAUAAUGCAAGAGCCACGCAAUAUUCUUUACAUAACAGUAAACCCAAUAAUUGGAAACGAUAUGGCAGUAUACCAACUAGAGGUAAAUACUAUGGAAGCACGCAAACUCAAAGCAAAUACUAUGGAAGCAUGCAAACUCAAAGUAAAUACUAUGGAAACAUGCAAACCCAAAGCAAAUUCAAAAGAGGCAAUUCUGUGAAGAAGUGGGGAUCUUCAUAUUCUGCACAGAGUCAACAGCUAAAUAACUAUAAAGGAUUUGUUAAACCGAAGGUGCUGUACAAGUCAGAAACUCUAAAGACAAAGCCAUACUCCUAUAGACUUAGAUCCGUUGGCAGAACUUUAAUCGACCAAUAUCUUCAAAACUACAUGCCCUGGGACACGUGCACGGCGAUGGUGACAAACACCAUCAAUACAUUGUUUAAUCCAACGUCCGAUUUUAUGAACAUCUUCAUCAAUGCUGGGGUUGACAACUGGUGCGGAAAUAAAUUGUACGCUCUUCUCCAGCCAGUAAUUUCCCCUUAUACAGACAGGCUAUUCGAGAACCUGGAUCUUGCAAGGGAUUAAAAGCGAUUUUCAUUUCUAACCGGAAAUUAUUAAACUUGACACUGGAAAAUUAAUGUGGUACAUGUUCUCUAUAUAUAACACAUGCGUAUUUACCAUGGCUUUAAUGGUAUUUGAGCAACUGACCAGAAGUGUUACUUUUUCUUGACAACAAGUGAGAUUAAUAACAGUAUCUAUGCGUAAUUUUGGAGUCAUUUUUAGCCUGGCUCAUUGUAAAUCGAUUUUAAAUGGCAAUUAUUAUUAUAUUUUGAUAUUAUUCCCGACAAGUGAUUGGCCAGGUGUGCAUCACGUGUUCACCGAUAAAAAAAACCGAUAUUGACUUGGAGCGCGUGAUUUCUGUUGAAGGACUGUGUGUUUCUAAAAAUAGAAUUAUGACGUGUCUCCAAACAAUGCACCGUCCCACUUUCGAAGCAUUUUUGUUGUGGAAUUUUUCAGAUUGCUUACAUUACUGUUUUGUAAAAUAAUUAAACAAUUGUAGCCUCUAACUUAGGUUAAUACAUCUUUUCUCGGGUUUAUAAAUCCAGGUAUCGACCUCAGCCAAAGGCUAUAAUUGAGUUACGUCUUUAUAUUUAGCACUUUGAAGGGAUUUGACAUUUUCAUUAGUUAAUUUUGGACGUUUUAACUCCCUUUCGGUUUAUGUGUGUGGCUGCUGGAGUGAGUUCUCCACGUCACGAAUAAACAUGACUCGAGGAAUGAACUUAAUGCAUAAAAUGGAUAGGAGUACUAUUGCAAUGACUUUUCCUAAAGAAGGUGAAUUAAAAAAUCUUGAUUUUCCUACAGAAACUGAAUGAAGGGUCUGUGUUCCCCGACAGAGAAAUAAUGUAGGAUCUUGGAUUUUGUAAUCAGAGUGAAUGUAUAAACGGGAUGUAAUAUUUUGGUUUCGCUAUAUAAGUGAAUGUAGGGUCUAUAUUUUCUACAGGAAAGGAAAGAAAAAUCUUGAUUUCUCUGCAGAAGCGGGAUAUAGGAUCUGGGUUUCCUUAUGAAAAGAAAAUAUAGGAUGUUAUUUUCCCAGCAGGAAGUGAAUUUAAUACAAGGAAUACCUAAAGAAAAUGAAUGUAGGAUCAUGGUUUCCCAAUAGAACCUGAAGGUUUGAUCAGGAUUUCGAUAUGGAAUGCUUGCAUGUGUUUCAUGUGUACCUAUUUUUCCAUCGAAAAGUAAAUGUGUAUGAUUGAUGCGAUUGUUUUCUAUAUAACGUAACUGUAUGUGGCUGAUUUGACGAAACAGUUCCCUACGUAUAUUGUAUUUAUAUGGUUGUUGUGAUGGGGGUUCACAAAUUAUAUGAACAUUUGUAGUUGUAGAGAUUAGUUUUAGGUCAUUCAGUGUACAUUCGUGACUGUUUUGAUAGAAGUCCCUAAAGUAAAUAAGUAGGUGCCGACAAAAUGAGUUUUCCUCUGGAACAUUGAAGUCUUCUGUCCAACACAAAUAAUCCACAACACCUCAGAUAUCAGGAUUCAAUCUGUUGUAUCCAAAAACAGAACAAUGUAUACAAUGGUUUAACCUGUUUUACAGUGCGAUUAAUAUAAACACUAUUUCAUUUGAGGAUUAACACUAAAAUAAUCUUUACACGAAACAAAUAGAUUCAAAGAUCUUACAGUAUCAUGAUGACAAUAAUCGGAAUUUGACAAAUAACAGUACAUAUAGAAACACAACACAGAAAGAGCACAAAAGACAUUGAACUAUUUAUUAUCAAUUAUUUUUUAAUCUUCCAUAAAAAACGUGUAGAACAACUCAAUAAAGUAAAGCGUCAGAGGAACUAGGAGAUUAUUUAAUAAAUCUGCAAAUUUACAAUCGCAAUCACUUCUUAUGGUGUUGUAGUGAUGUAUCUAAUGUUAAUUGUUAAUAUUAAUCUAAAUAUAGGGAUACUUUGUGCAAAUUGUAUGAUUUUCGAGUUAAAAAUAAUUUAUCACAAAUAUUAUGAGUUUUGUAAAUACGACGAAUCAAUUUACUAAUAAUACUGCUACUAUGAUAAUGUAGUCACGUAAACAUUAAACGGACAUAUCUUAUUUCGUUACACUGUGGUAUGUGAUAUCUGACAUUAUUCCAGUCUUUUUACAUAUAGUGUUUCCUAGAAUACCAUAAUAUCUUAAUUGACGUUACUUUCUAUAGCAAGAAUAGUGCAUGUGUUUGUAGAUGCAACAAAACCCCACUUCUUCAAAAGAAGCUUUACACACGAUUUAUCUUCAUGUAUCUAAACGAACAAAAACAUCUUAUAGAUAUAGGUCAUCGCACAAACACCGGACUUACCAUCAAUAAAUAAUGUCCAAUAGAGCAUAUGCUGGAAAAUGUUUUAUGUUUUUGAUAUGCGUUGAAUAUCACAAGCUUACUUCAAAUUAUGCAAUUUAUACAUCGAGUGAUAGUAAGCAAAACAAGAUAUAUACAUAUACUUCCUUCAAUAAUAAAUAUCAAUAUGAAUAUAAUGUAUCUUAUAAAAAAAAAGACAAGAACUAAAUAAAAUAGCAACAUUCAUGGCAAAUGUGAAACUACUGUGAUAUGAUUUGAUAUUCCGACGGUAUUUAUUUGAAGUUUAACUUACGGAUGGUAUUAACCGGAAUAAAUGAGAUUGGGUAUGAUGUUUAUGUAUUUGUUAAUAAAUAAUUUGCUUA